UAAAAAGAGCAAACCUACAAAGGUAAACAAUAUGGCCGGUGUACGAGGUAUGUCGGUACAAGGAGAUGGCACUGUCUAAUAAAUCAAUAUUUCAGCUAUGCUCAUCAUAAUAGUAUAUAGAUAUGUUAUUUAAAUACACAGAUUAAUUAAUUUCUCCGUCAAAACUAAACUCUCCGCCUUAUAAUGUCGGAGAAGAUCCUUUAUCGACUAGACCAACCUCAUGGCACAGGGAAUGUCUAUAUUGCUUGGCGCCCUGGAAAUAGUACACAUUUAGCCACAACAGGUUGUGAUUGUACAGUUGCCAUUUUUGAUAGACAAGGAGAUAUUCAGGAACGAAUACAAAUUUCUGGAUUAUGCACUGGUUUUGGUUGGGACUCGGAUGGAGAUUUAUUAGCAAUAAUAUCGCAGAAUUCAUCAGUUAUAAUUCUAUGGGAUGCUACAACUGGCAAAAAGUCUCAGAUAGAUGCUGGUGUAAGAGAUGGAUUGUCCUGUAUGAUGUGGGCAAAGAAGAGUUGUUUGCUAGCAAUAGGAACACAAAAAGGAAAUCUGGUGCUUUAUGAUCACAUAAAUGCCAAAAGGAUACCUAUCUUGGGAAAACAUAAAAAGCGUAUUUUAUGUGGCGCAUGGUCGAUAGAUGGUCUUCUUGCCUUGGCAAGUGAGGACAAGGUUUUAACCAUCAGCACGAGCGAAGGUGAUACCCGCCGAGAGAUAGUUCUUCAGGGUGAUCCAUCUCAUAUACAAUUUAGUGAAAUGAAAAUGGAUCAUAGGAUAGGCGGAGAAAACACGGUAUCCCUUAUUGUCAGUAAAACAACAUUGUUUUUGUACAACAUUUUGGACCCAGAAAAUCCUAUUGAAUUAGCCUUUCAAAAACGUUACGGAUCAAUUGUAACUUACAAAUGGUAUGGGGAUGGUUAUAUAUUGGUAGGAUUCGAAGCUGGUUUUUUUAUAGCAAUAUCAACACAUAUAAAGGAAGUUGGCCAAGAAUUAUUUCAAAUUAAAAACCACAAGGAUUCUUUGACGGAUAUUGCAUUGAGCCAAGUAGCUGGAAAAGUAGCUACUUGUGGUGACAAUACUUUGAAAGUACACAGUUUGCAAAAUCUCGAAGAAACGGAUACAUUGAUUUCGGUGACCGGCGAAAAUGGAAUUAGCAGUAUCGAAUGGUCAACAGACGGAACAAUGUUGGCGGUUGUGACUUACAUCGGCAAUAUAUUGAUAUAUUUGAUAGAAAUACCAAAAUUAAUCAGCGUCUGUGGUAACAGGAUAGCAUUAUUAACGAGUCUGAUGGAAGUGACUGUACAUCUUUAUAUAUUAGACAAGGACAAACCAAGCCCACAAGUAAUUAAUACUAUUAUAGAACCAGCGAUAUUGGCAGUGGGUCCAAUACAUUUAGCAGUAGGCUUAAACAAUAGAGCUCUCUUUUGGGAUUUAUCUAUAAGUCAUUAUGACAAAAUACAUUUCGAGAGAGAUUAUUUGGCAACAAUAGAUAGUAUGCGUUUAAACGAGAUCUAUGUAUCUACAUUAUUCGACGGAAAACUGCAGUUGCAUUCGAUUAAAUCUGAUGAAGCGUUAAUAAAUAGUGGGAAAGAUACAAAAAUGUUCCCAGAUUCAAACUUUUAUAGCAGAAUAACAUGUCACGCUCUCUGUUCGGAUUUUUUGGUUUAUGGUAAUGAUAUGGGUCAUAUUGUGUACUUUUAUUUGGAAACAUUUAAUCAAUGUACCGAAUUUAUACAUAACAAUGGAAUAAGGGAGUUAUAUUUGGAUGCGAAUGGAACACAAUUGUGUUUCAUUGACAAUAAGUCUGAUGCUUAUGUGUUUGACCCGAUAAAUGAAGUAGCCAUUGCAGUGCCUGAUUGUCCUGAUAACAUUGACAGUAUUCUCUGGGAUCAGAAUAUAUUUGAACGUGCUAUAUUUGCAAUACACAACAAAAGCAUUAUUGUAACAUAUAUUUUUGUAAAAUAUUGUGUUGAGGGUACUAAAAUAGUAAAAAUAAAUACAACAAAGUUGCCAUCAGACUCAGUGCCUUUAUUAAUGUAUUCUGGAGAAGUUACAUUGAGUACAACAGGUAACAAGUUAAUACAAAUAACAUUAGCCUCCCACGAAGAUGUAGGGAAUAUUGUGGAAUCAAAAAAGAUUAGUGAAAUUCUAAAUAAUCAUAUUCUGUGCAGACGAUUUCAACAAGCAUGGAAUAGUUGCGAGAAAUUAAAUGAAAAAAAUGCAUGGCUAACAUUGGGGCAAAGUGCUAUUGCAAAUUUAAAUAUCGAGUUUGCCAUUCGCGUAUAUCGACAAAUAGAAGAUGUUUCAAUGGUAUGGGCAUUACAAAAGAUGGAGAAUAUAGAUGAAUUAGCAUUGUUAUGUGGUCAUGCUUGUAUGCUAUUAGGAAAUUAUAACGAAGCCGAAAAGUAUUUUUUACAAUCUUCUGAGCCCGUACAAGCCUUGUAUCUAAGGAGAGAUUUAAUGCAAUGGGAACAAGCGUUAAGUCUGGCACAAAAGUUAAAACCUGAUGAAAUUCCUUUUAUUGCUAAAGAAUAUGCCCAACAGUUGGAGUUCACAGGAAAUUAUCCAAAAGCUUUGACAAACUACGAACGUGGUUUGGUCGACUACAAUACUUCAUCUGUUUUGGCUGCACAAAAUCCUCUUCAUCGAAGUCAAUGUUUAGCCGGAAUAGCGAGAAUGUCUAUUAGAUGCGGUGAUAGUAGAAGAGGCGUCGGUAUAGCCAUGGAUAAUGAAAGCUCAAGAUUAUUAAGGAAGGAAUGCGCAGAGAUUUUAGAAUCAAUGAAGCAAUUUAGCGAGGCUGCGCAAUUAUACGAAAAGGCUGAAUAUUUCGAUAAAGCUGCCUCUGCAUAUAUAAAGUUGAAAAAUUGGCACAAAGUGGGACAACUCUUGCCGCAAAUAUCAUCGGCAAAAAUUAAUAUACAAUAUGCUAAAGCCAAAGAGUCAGAAGGUAAAUAUGAGGAAGCUGCCAAAGCAUAUGAAACUGCCAAGGAUUACGAUAACAUAAUCAGAAUUAAUCUGGAACAUUUAAAUAAUCCUGCUCGCAGUGUUGAAAUUGUUCAAGAAACUAAAAGUAUAGAAGGUGCAAAAAUGGUUGCAAGAUAUUUUCAAAAAAUGAAUGAUUAUAAUUCAGCUAUUAAAUUCCUAAUUUUAUCGAACUGUCACGACGAAGCUUUUCAAUUAGCUAAUCAACAUGGUAAAAUGGAAUUGUAUGGAGAGAUUUUGGUGAAUACAAUUGAUGAUACUAAUGUUCGUAAAGAAGAUUUUAGAAGUCUUGCUAUGCAUUUUGAGUCACAAAAAAACAAUCUUUUAGCUGGAAAGUAUUAUUUCCAUGCUAAAGAAUAUCAGAAAGCUUUGCGACAUUUAUUAAAAGCUGCACAGUUGGUUCCGGACGAUGACAGAGCAAUUACUUAUGCCAUAGACACUGUCGCAUCUUCUAAGGAUGAUAAAUUAGCUAAUCAAUUAAUAGAUUUCUUACUAGGUAGCGAUGGAUUACCAAAGGAUCCAAAAUAUUUGUUUCGAUUAUACAUGGCUAGAAAACAAUAUAAAGAAGCGGCUAAAACAGCGAUUAUAAUUGCAAACGAGGAGCAAAUUAAUGGCAACUAUAGAAACGCUCAUGAUGUUCUAUUUGGAAUGUACCAAGAAUUGAAGAGGAAUAAAAUUACAAUACCUUUAGAGAUGCAGACCAAUUUGAGACUCUUGCAUUCUUAUAUUCUGGUGAGAUUACAUGUGAAAAGAAGCGAUCAUUUACGAGGUGCCCGGAUGUUGAUCAGAGUAGCUAACAAUAUAUCGAAAUUUCCUUCACAUAUCGUACCGAUAUUAACUUCGACUGUAAUAGAAUGCCAUAGAGCGGGCUUGAAAAAUGCAGCUUUUAAUUUCGCCGCUAUGUUGAUGCGUCCCGAAUAUCGAGGUCAAAUAGACGCAAAGUAUAGUAAAAAGAUUGAGGCGAUCGUAAGAAAAGCACCAAGAACAAAAGAUAUCGAGAAUGAGGAUGAACCUCUCACACCGUGCCCAUAUUGCAAGAGUAGACUUCCCGAGACCGAAGUAACCUGUGAUAAAUGUAAAAAUACCAUACCUUUUUGUAUCGCAACGGGACGGCAUAUUGUGGAGGAUGAUUUCACAGUAUGCCCUCAAUGUGAUUUUCCAGCUAUCAGAAGUGAAUUUCUAAGGAUUGUUGAAUCUGAAGAGACUUGUCCAAUGUGUUCCGAGAGAGUUAAUCCUGAAAUGAUAUCAUCCACUAUUGAUAUCCAUCCUUAUCUCGAUUAUCAGGAGGAGAAAAAGGCGUAAUUUUUAAAUAUUUAAACAUGAAACACAUUUUUUUAUUAAUGUAUGAGAGAGAAUUUAUAGUUUACACAAACUAGGGAACAAAUGUUAUUUUAUAGAUGUUUGCUAGUAGCUGUUUAUCUAUUUGCUGCACAAAUCAAAGGUGCCUUGUUAUUGUCAUAUAUCUUAGACGAAUAUGAUAUAAUCACGAGAACAAUUAAAAUUUACAAAUAUAAGAUUAGUAAAUAGUAAAUAUUCUGAUUGAGUUGUGGAAACGAUAAAGCUCAGUAUUCUCAAUUUAACAGUGCCGUCCACUACAAGUACAAUUUAUUUGAGUACAAGUAAAUAGAUUUUACAUUAACAAUAUAAAUGUAUUAUAUAAGAGAAUCAGAGUGUUAUUUGCGUCAUACACGCUGCAUUUAAUACAAAAUAAUUGCCAUAAAAACAUGAAAUAAAACUUGAUUGACUCUGAUUCUGCGUAUUCAAUAAAUAUGUAUAAUAAAAUAUGAAGCAAAUAUUGAUAUUUGUAAUAUCACCAAUUAAUGUUUU